AUGGGAUUGCUGGUGAGUUGCCACGUCACAUCUUCCCGGUUAUCAAGUAAGUAAUGCGCGACCUGCUGCAUUCGCAUCUCAUCAAUUAUGAGGUCAAUGGAGGCGAAGAAACUUACUCGGCUACAUUUUACAUCCUAAUUCUUUUCGCUUUCCUCUGUGCUCGCACGUUCGCUCUUUGAUGUAUAUCGAAAUCAAAUCGAAAAGAAUGGAACACGAAAUGCCUAGGCCUACCAAUAUUCGAUCACAUGAAUCGAGCGGGCGCCCCUCUCUUCAGUUUCCCUUUUCCGUUUCAUUUUUAUGGGGGUCUCUUCCUUCCGCCGCUCAGCCUACUCCAGUACCCUUGACUACGUCCUCCUCCUCUGGAAACAUUUCCUUGCCUUCUACUGCCAAUCAACGUCGAUUCACUCGUGGCUCUCUGCGUCUCACCGUCGCUUCCCACUCUCUCUCGGUUUCAAGCAAUUAAGUGCUGAAUGCAGUGAGACCAGGAUGCUUAGCACCUUGCUUCGGGAGGAAACCGGGCUCCCCUCUCUCCGUCUUCCUUUCCAGUUUUCGCCUACGCUCUUUUUCGUUUUUUUUUUUUGCGUUCCCGGCGCCACGUGGUCUCGUCCCAAUGGGACCGAGUACUAAAAACAAUGUAGACAUCGUCAGGUAAACGACUAAAAACGCAGGUCGAGAAAAACAAACGUGUUCGUAGUAUUCUCCGAAUUUUUGUUUUGACGCCUUCCGUGAAAAAUGAAAGGAACUUGCACUUUUCCUGGUCUUUGCAAACACUUCCGGUCGGUCCAUUGAAAAUCGGAAUUGUCUGCGUGCGAAUUUAUAAUUGCGACUGGCAGAGUUUUUUCGGAGUGGAACAGAAAAGGGACAGGUAUUAUGACUGCCACGUCAAGGUUUCUUGUACUCCCUUCACCAAGCUUUCAUCAAACUUUAGUCCGUCCAAAACGGCACAACCACUUGACCAACGAGAGCAGCGUCUCUGUGGAGGCUUUUCUCCUCUCCCCAUUCCAAAAUUCUCCGCUUGCCACGUCGUCGGCCCAUUCCAACUCCCCUCAAUUAUCCGAUCACAGCCAGCCACCUCGACGACCCCAUUCUCUCGGCAGACUUUCGAGCCUCAAAGUCAUUUCGGAAGGCGUCAACUCGAACACUUUGUUCUCCUGUUGUUUGCCGCCGGCACUUCUUUGUCUUCUUUUCUUCUCGACGAUUUGGUCUCUUAUAGUCCAGAGAUGGGUUCUCCAAGUAUCCCUUGCUCAAUUGGCUCAAUCGCCACCCACAAAAGCUUUCGAAGAUCGGACCAGAAAUGAGUGCGCAGCCCGUAUUCUCCGCUUCUUUUCGCAUGCUCUUGCUACGUGUCCGAGAACGGAUUACGCAUUGUAAUGCUGGUUCAGAUGGGGAGUUGUCUAGACAAGCAAUCUAUUCCCAAAGUGUGCUCGGAUUGGCACAGAUUGGUAGAAGCAACCGACCACUACAGUUUUGAAACAAAAGAGCGGAAAAUAAGUACCGAUCAUUCGCAGCAUAACAGAAAGAUCGUGGGAACUCUUGUCUCUUCUUUCUCGUUUCCAUUUUUCAUUCAAUCGAAGGGAGAAGUGUCCAUCUUCUGAUUCCCCGAAUGUUUUGGGGGAAGGACCUCGUGGGGAUUUGGCUAAUAGCCCAUCAUUUUAUUACUCUUUCCUCUCCGAGCCAUCACAGAACGAAUGCAUUCUCCUGCCACUUCUUCUUUUCCUUCCUACUCGAAUUCCAUCGUCACGAAAACGCAACAUUCGUCGCUCCUCCUCCCAGUCAUAAAUAAUAAGCCUCAUCAUUAUAACAUCCUUUAUUACUCUUCCUCCGUUUAAGCGUCCGCCGUCGCGCUUUACGCUCAUCAUCUCUUUUUUUUCAAUUUGAGCAGAACAAACAAAACAUAAAAGAGAAUAUAUUUGAAGCAAACCCUGGAUCACUUAAAACUCGCUCAUCCGACGUCACUCACCUCCCGACUAGAUCUUUAUGCUCCGAAGAGCCACGUCACAAUAUCCUGCUCACGGAAACGCGCGGGAGACGGACGGUUUUUUAAUUUGGAGCAGCGGCUCAUUGAGCAUCAAUCAGUGGACAAAUCCCAUCUAUUUAUACCGCCCUUUUCGGGUUUUCUCUCGUUUUCCGCUUCUUCCUUCUCGUUCUGGAUCAAAAGUGGUUAGGAUUUCGAUUUCGAAGAAAAAAAAGAUGAAAUGUUCGUCAUUCGCAUCGCCAUUCACUUAAAUUUUCCGAGCACGCAACUCUCUGCCUCCCUCCGGAAUCACACAUCGGACGGGAAAGUUCUUGGAACCAGAAAAGGACUUUCGGAGAGUUUCCGAGUGGGGCACGCUCAUUACUGCCAGUAGUGGCGCAUCGCCAGUUGACUCUUCUCACAAGCAUCCCAAUUUAAUAUGAAAAUUGGAUAGAUAUCUCUUUUCGAAGUCUCUCUAUUCGAUUGGCAACAUCCAAUGCAUUCAUGAAGUUGGCAACUGACCCGCUACCGGCUCUCCUUCCUCUCUCUCUCUCUCUAUGUCCUAACGAACAUUCUAAUCUUUGUCCCCUGCGGAUCCAUUACCAAUUCGUCUCGAAUCCAACACUCACUCCUCUCGUUUUCACUUCCGUUUCUCACUUCCCACCCUCAUCUUCCAAAGGUAGUGUUUCUUAAUAAAAAAGUAGAAGAAAACGAGCAGUGUCCGCGAAUAAAUUACAAUAACUUAUCCGGCGGUUAUUCACUUUUCCGACAAUACUCUGCGGUUUUCAGAAACAUCUGACGGCCAGCACGACGGCUGAGAAGGAGGCCAAAAAGGCGAAAAAGGAAGCGAAGAGGAGCCAGAAGGCCGCUGAAAAAGCGACGAAUCCGGACGGAAUGACGAACGGAGGACGGAGAACUUCAUCAGUCACCGCACAGAUUUCUCGUCAAGCUAGGUGAGAAGAAGGGCAAAAAAGGAGUGAAAUGGAAGGGAAAGUGGUGGCAGAUGGCAAGGAUUUUUCAUCUGAAGGAAGAAGAAUAAUGUAGGCAGGCGAGAAAAUGAGGGGGAAAUGAGUCUGAGCACACGGGAUUGGGCUCCGCUGCAUUCUUUGUUCAAGUGCUCUUCUGAAUGUCCCGCGUCGGCCCUUGAUUUCCUUUUUUGCCCUCCGAAACAUAUUUUAAUUGGAAAACUCUUGCAGACGCUUCUCCACCGCCAUCGCGCCCACACUCACCAAGAUUGAAGCGGUCCACAUUCUGCAGAAAUUGGACGAAGUUCGUGUGAAAAUGAACGACGUGGCACAGGUUGGAAUGGGAAUUGAAUUGAAUUGAAGGGGGCAGCAGCAAAUAGCUAAUUUGUGCCUGACCGCAAAAGAAAAGAAUGGUUGAACCGGACGGAGAAUGGAAAGAAAAAGAGAAGACGAGAAAAAAGUUGAGGGGAAUUGGAAGAAUUGAAAGCAAAUCCCCUGAUUAAUGACGUGGCAAUUAGCAUGUUCUUAGCGUCCCCCAUUGCAGCUGCAAGGCGCCAUCGAGCAUUAUGUGCUCCGUAACUCGGCACAGUUCGAGCCGGUGGAGCUGGACAUCAUCAACAAAGAGGGAUACAGAAUCAUGCAAGGUACUGUCCCACCACAUCACUUUCUCCAUUAUGAUUGUUCUUUCAGCCAGUGUCUAUCCGGACGAAAUUGUGCUCCAAGAGGGCAGCAAAAAGAUUUGCGAGGUCACUUUGAUCGACUUGGAGGACACAAGCAACCUUCUCAAGAUCAAGCAUCCGGUCAGUGGGAUGACGGUCUAUGAGCUCCGCGAGCUGGGCGGCACCAUUCUUAUUCAGACAAACACCGAUGAUUUGAAAGGGUAAGCCGAGCUCAUGAGUUUUCACUUUCAGUUUCAAUUUCUUUUCAGUGCUCGUAUUAUGACGCAGACCUCCGGAUUGAGCAGUCUCUUUCUGAACUGUGGCUGCGCGUUCAGCAAGGAGUCGUGGUCCGUCAUGACCCAAGAUGUGAGCAUGGCCACCGUCCGACCCAACCGAUCUUUCUGGUCCGAGAACGAGAUCAAGGUCUGGUCAAUCUCGGCCACAUGCAUCCGAUCCAAUCGGUUUCAGAUCCAAUGGGAUCCCAACUGCGAGAACGAGCUGCGUCUCAUCUCGCUUGUCUUCGGAAUCGGUCAGAUGGUGCGAGUGGCCUUCCCGCAGCUGUUUCACAUUGUCAAAGAGUACCGUCAACGUAAUCAGUAGACUCAUUUCUCCUUCAGCUCACGGUUCCUCUCUCUCUCCCUCCCUCCCUUCCCCUAUCUAUUUCUGUGCCAAUCUCUUCCAGUUAUCAUUUCGGAAUGUCAUCGUUUUAAAUUGAAAACAGCAAAGGCCCAACCAACCAACCAAAUUAUAUAUAUGCAAAAACCAAUUCACAAGCUUUUUUUUCGCUUUUACUUCUCCCUCCCACUUCACAUACACAUACACAUUAUUUGUAAAUUUUCGGGGAUUAUGACUAUUGUCUGUGACACACACACAUGCACACUUGUUUAAAGAAAUAAAAUAAACAAACAAAGAAAAAAAAACAGACCUGAUGCCAGAAUUGAGUCACUGAAGACUUCAUUUGUUCGCAAGAUUCUGGAAAAGAGCGAAAAGUUUGAAAACCGCGAAAAAAGAAGAAGAAGAUGGAAAAGGCGACGAAAUUGACCGGAAAUAACAUGGAUGACAAUGCGGUGACCAGAAAAGGGAGCAAUUAGGGACGGAGAGCUCGAGAUGGAGCAGAGGAAGAAGAAGAAGAAGAGCCAAGUUCGCAAACGCCGUCCGUCUAAUCGUAUUGGCCCCUCGGCCACCGGAGACAAUUUGAAUUUAAUUUGGAGGCAGAAGCACCGCGCCGCCACUCCCACGGUGGUCCUUCAGCAGAAGAGCCGCCCGUUUGGGAAGACGGAUGGAGCGAGAAAGUGAUAAGUGUGAGUGAGUGCGGGCCCAGAUGAUGUAUCAAAAAAGCAUAAAAGUGCAGUUUCGGCAACUGGUGCCAUCGGACGGCGAUCCCUCGAGAAUUGGGUCGCCGCGACAGGAAAUGCUCAUUGCGCCAAUCUGUGCCGCUCGUCUGUCCGUGGGUGUCAUCCUUCCUUUCACCGCCCAAACGGCCGCCAUUCUGAUGGAAACUCCUUCCAAAUGCAUAAUUCUGGGGUGCCCAUCCGCAGAAACUCUUGAAAAAUUCACCACUUCAAUUUAA